AUGUCUUUAAUGGAUAUUUUGGAGAAAGCUCAAGCACUUGGCUUGAGUGCAGACGUAGUUCAUGAUUUACUAGAAAAGCAACAUCAGAUAGAUAAGGAUAAGGCGGAUAGAAUGGAGCGGUCAGCCGAACGCGAGGCGAGACGACUAGAAUUAGAGUAUCACGAGGCAGAGAGGCGACGAGCGCACGAACUCGAGAUUGCUAAAAUUAAGCAUAGUAGUUCGAACGAGUUUGACAGUAAUUCUAGCAGGUCAAAUUCGCAUAUGUUCGAGGGUCUUAGACUGCCUACUUUUGCCGACGGCCAAGAUGAUUUGGAUAGUUAUCUACAGCGGUUCGAACGUUUAGCAGAAUUGCAUGGGUGGAAGCAUGAGGACUACCAUGUGUACCUAGGUACAUCAUUGCGCGGUCAAGCACUUAAGGUGUAUAUUUCUUUGCCUGAUGAAACGCUACGAAAUUAUGAGCGCUUAAAGGAAACCCUCCUUAGAGCAUUUGCUGUUGAUGCAGAUUCAUAUAGAAGAAAAUUCAAAGAAAGUAAAUGUAAAGAUAAUGAAUUAUAUGUACAAUUAGUAGUUAAGAUGGAGCAAUAUCUCGAUCGGUGGCUAUCCAUGAGUAAAGUUGAGAAAGAUUAUGCUCGCCUGUUUGAUUUCCUUGUCAGGGAACAGUUACUGACAAAUUGCAGUUCUGAUUUACGGGUGUUCUUGAAAGAAAGGGGGUGUGAAAGCGCAACAGAGAUGGCGGAAGCAGCAGAUAGAUAUCGUAGUGCUCACGCAUAUCGCGGAAGCAAGCCUUCAAGGUCAAUGCAAAAACAGAGUUCACCUAAUGUUGAUGACAUUAAAUGCCAUGGAUGUGGGAAGCCUGGUCAUAUCCGUCCGAACUGCCCUAAUAACCCUAGAAACUUUAAACAAAAGACAGAGGGUAAAGUUAAUUUUGUCUUUCAGUCUGAGAUGAAACCACAAAAUAGUAUAAUUGAUGCAGAAGGCAAAUUGUUUGAAAAACCAGCGGAGGUUAUGUUUGACACGGGGUGUUCGACUGUAAUUGUUAAUGACAAAUUAGUGCCAGCAAGAUUUAGAUUAGGGCCUAUGGUUAAGGUCUAUGAUUAUCUUGGGGUUCCAAAUUCAUUCCCCAAAGUCAGAUGUUUUAUUCGAAGUAAUUUUUUUUCAGGGUGGAUUAGUGCCAUUGCAGCUCCCCUUAGAUUUGCAGAUGUGCUUAUCGGACUAGUUCCUGGUGUAAAAUCGCCUGGUAAGUGCGCCACUACCUCGCUCGAGCACGAACAGAGCAAAGAGGCAGGUGAUGAUGCUUCACAAGCUCUUACAAAGGUAAGCGAUGUUUCCGUGGGGAAUGACUACAAAAUCGCUGAUAAAGAGGAUGUUAAUGGGUCUCCUGACGUCAUUGCUAUGAGUGUCCAGACUCGCUCAUCGGUAUCAAAAGCGGCUAAGACUACCUCAUUAGCUUGUUCAGAAUUCUUAGACCUAAAUAUAAAUAAAGUUAAUAUCAUGGAGGAACAGCUAAAUUGUCCAACACUUCAAUCUAUCAGGGAAAAUGUUAAAAGCGGAAAACAUGUGAGAGUAAAAUCGCGCACAGUAAAAUUUGAAAUAAUAAAUGGACUAAUUUACAGGGUAUGUCUUGAGAGCAAAUAUGAUUAUGAAAUUGGAAGUAAGCAACUUGUUAUUCCUGAUAAGUAUAGGAUUCACGUUCUAAAUCUGGCUCAUGAUUCAUUGACUGCCGGACAUUUCUCUCAUCGGAAGACGAGUCUUAAGGUGUUUUCUAAAUUCUUUUGGCCCGGUGCUGGCGCUCAUAUUAAGAGAUAUUGCAGAUCAUGCCCGAUCUGUCAGAAGUUUUCAGCCAAGGGAACUGUACGUAAAGUACCAAUGAAGAAUCUCCCCAUUAUUUCCGAACCAUUUUCGCGUGUUGCUAUAGAUUUAGUAGGACCUUUUUCACCUAGUUCAGAUAGAGGAAACAACUAUGUGCUUACUUUGAUCGACUACGCGACACGAUAUCCCGAAGCUGUACCUCUGAAAAACAUUGAUACCAUAACCGUUGCGGAAAGCUUGGUAGAAAUAUUUUCAAGAGUUGGUGACCCGCGAGAGAUCUUAUCUGAUCGCGGUUCUCAAUUCAAAUCUGAUCUCAUGAGUGAAAUUCACAGAAUGUUAUCUGUUAAAGCUUUAUAUACUAGUCCCUAUCAUGCUUCAUGUAAUGGUGCUGUAGAAAGGCUGAACGGUGUCUUAAAAUCAAUGAUAAAGAAACUUUGCGUAGAUCACCCGAAAGCUUGGGAUCGCUAUAUACCUGCUGCCCUAUUUGCUUACAGAGAAAUUCCGAACGACAGUCUUAAGUUUUCUCCAUUUGAGUUAUUGUAUGGGCGUCAAAUUCGUGGACCUUUAACAAUUUUACACGAGUUAUGGACAAAAACUGACAUCGAUAGUGACGUAAAAACUACCUAUCAGUAUGUUUUAGAUUUACGCUCACGUCUUGAGGAGACUGCGAAACUAGCAGCUGCUCAAGCGGAGAUUAGCGGUCGUAAUUAUAAGAGCUAUUACGAUCUUAAAACUAAACGCCGCAAGUUAAACACAGGUGAUGAAGUAUUGGUCUUGUUACCCUCUAGCAGUAAUAAAUUGAUGAUGCAAUGGCUUGGUCCUUACCCCGUUGUGCAUUGCAAAGACAAUGGCGUAGAUUACGUUGUUAAAGUGCGUGGUAUGAAAAAGCUAUUUCACAUCAACAUGCUAAAAAGGUACUUCCGCCGUGACGGCGGCAAAAGCAAAAGCGAAAGUGAAAUUGCUCAGGUAUGCGUAGUUGAAGAGAACCAAGUGGGUAAUAACUGUGAACCAGUUUAUUUUGACAUAGAUGGUAUUAGUAACAUUAAUGUUGGUAAUGAACUAACUGAAAUUCAAAUUAGUGAGUUAAAAGGGAUUCUAAGUAAAUUUACUGAUGUACUGACUGACAAACCGGGUCUAACCAAUACAAUAGAGCAUGUCAUUAAUAUAAACUCUAGUAAACCUGUACGUAAGAAACCAUAUCCCAUCCCUAACAGCCUAGUUAAUGAUUUCAACACCGAGAUUGACAAGAUGUUAGACAUGAACAUUAUUGAACCUUCAACAUCUGCAUUUUCUUCUCCCGUCGUGAUGGUGAAGAAAAGUGAUGGGUCGUGGAGAGUUUGUAUUGAUUUUAGAGCCCUAAAUGACGUAAGUGACUUAGAUGCUGAGCCCAUGCCUAAUACCGAAGAGGCUCUCGGAAGAUUUGUGAACGAUAUUUAUUUCACUGAAAUAGAUCUUUGUAGAGGAUAUUGGCAAAUACCCUUGUCGAAAGAAUCAAAAAUGUAUACUGCGUUUGCCACUCAUAGGGGUCUUAUGCAAUUCAGAGUUAUGCCUUUCGGAUUAAAGUCCGCUUGUGCAACCUUCAUAAGACUAAUGAGGAAAGUGGUCUCCGAAUUGAAAAAUACUGACUGUUAUUUUGAUAAUAUUGUAAUCCAUAAUAAUGAUUGGUCUGAACACCUACAGGACGUGAAAGAUCUUUUGCUGCGUCUACGUAAGCAUAGUUUAACUGCAAGCCCUAGUUAUUACCGCAAGUUUGUUCCUAAUUUUGCAAGUAUUGCAGCUCCUUUGCAUGAUCUCCUCAAGAAAAAUAGUAGUAAUAGAUUACAGUGGAAUGAGGAGAAAGUAAAAUGCUUCAACAAACUAAAGUUGUCCUUGGUAUGUAAACCAAUACUUUGUUUGCCAGACGAUUCAAAGACUUUUUAUGUUCGUACUGAUGCUUCUGAUAUUGGUCUCGGAGCAGUAUUACUACAGGAUGUGAACAAUAUUAACAUGCCUAUUUGUUACGCUAGUCGGAAAUUACUAGACAGAGAAGCAAAAUAUGCUGCUAUUGAAAAGGAAUGUCUUGCCAUAGUUUGGGCAAUUCAAAAGUUUAAAGUAUAUUUGUAUGGUAGAGACUUUGUCUUGCAGACAGACCAACAACCUCUUGUUUAUCUCAAGAAUAUGAAAAAUGGUAAUGGUAGGUUAAUGCGCUGGGCUUUGGCGCUACAGUGUUACUCAUUUACUGUUGAGUAUAUAAAAGGCAGCGAAAAUGUAGGAGCUGACAUUCUUAGUCGUUGCCCUAUACCUGAAUAG